CAGAAGGCAAAGUAUGAGUUAGGCACGGGAAGAAAGACCAAUAGGGAGGCCGAGUUUAAACCACGGCAGCGCCCCAACUUUUUUAAACUAAUCCCAGGUGGUCAAAAUAACCAACUAUUUUAUGUGAGUCAAAGAAUAGAAGAUAGAUAGAGUUGAGUUUUAAAUUAGUAAUGACAGGACCACUUUAAUGUUAGUGCCACACAGUGUCACAUCUGAAACAAACAAGAUGAGCGUCGUAGUUUUCUUUCUCUAAAUGGAAACUGAAGCAAAUCUUCAAAGAAAGCACGACCCAUUUUACGUCCACAACGUUGCACAACCAAGGAUGUCUGUGGUUUUUCAUUUUUCAAGCGCUAAACAUGACAGCGAUGAGCAUGUUUCCUUUACGGGACAUUACACAUAUUCUGUGGUUGGCCGGACACAUGAAAUUUCCUCUUUGAAGAGCAGAAAAAUUAUUUUACCAUAAUGACACAUUUAAUAUUUGUAGUUUAUCUGAUACGUGUGUGCGUAGGAAUAAUAGCUCAGCCAGCUGAACCGCACUCAUCUCUUCAUCAAGAGACUGAUUUUGUUUCUGCUGAUGUUGGUGAUGAAGUAACUCUGCACUGUUCUUACGAAGGUGAAGCUGCAAGACUUUACUGGUACAAACAAACUCUGGGACAAAAACCAAGGCUCAUCUCUACCUACUACAGAUAUGAGGGAAAUGGCAUAUUUUAUAAUGAAUUCAAAAGUAAUCCACGCUUUACGUUAGUUACUGGCAUCAGUAAAAAUCACUUGAAAAUAACAGAUCUGCGUGUCUCAGAUUCAGCUACUUACUACUGCGCAACAAGCUUUACUUUUAUUUUAGAGUUUACCAAAGAAACAUAUCUCAAUGUAAAAGGUUCCAGUUUGGACAUCCAGACUUUUGUCCUACAAUCACUAUCUGAGACCAUCCAGCCAGGAGGCUCUGUGACUCUGAACUGUACAGUCCGCACUGGGACCUGUGAUGAAGACCACAAGGUUUACUGGUUCAAAGACUCCGAAGAAUCUCAUCCAGGGCUCAUAUACACCCAUGGAGGCAGGAAUGAUGAGUGCAAGAAGAAAUCAGAGGCACAAGCACACACCUGUGUGUACAGCCUGCCAAUGAAGAACUUGAAUGUCUCUCAUGUUGGGUCCUACUACUGCGCUGUUGCUUUAUGUGGACGCUUACUGUUUGGUAAUGGGACCAAGCUGAAUGUUGAGGUAGAUGAAGGGGACACUCUUCUCUUGUUGUAUUUCUGGAGGGGGGUUUCAGCUUUCACCAGCGUCCUGAGUGUUUUACUGGCUUCCUUAAUGUGCAUGACAAGAAAGAAAAACAGGAGCACAUACACAGGCAAGUGGUUUAGUAUUCCUUAUGUUUGUUUUUUAUCCUCCGGUGAAUAUGACAUUAUAUUGACACAGUUUUCUGUUUUCCAGAUUAUCCAGCAAAAAACUCCCCCUUUUUCAAAGCAAAUGGUGACCAAGAAGUAGGCUACCUCUAUUUCAAACCUUUGAGGGACAUGAAGAUGAACAGAUCAGAAAUGCAGAUGGACAACACCUGGAGUAAAUGUGUCUAUUCUAGUGUAAAGCAGUAAAGUGGACAGGCUUUUGGUCUCUGUGUAUAAACACAGGACCUUGUGAGGUUCUCUUUGAAGCAUGACUUCCCUUAUAAAAGACAUUUACAGUUACUAUUUCAUUCAUUUGCUCACGCCACAAUUUAACAUGGACAAUAAUGACAUUUGUGUUUCAGACUAUUAAAAGCGUCUGUUAUGUAUAUAAAAGAAUUAUGUGUAUUUGUAUUUUAAUAUCAUGAUAAUAAUGAUCACUUUUUUUUUUGCAUCGUGAAUUUUAG